ACCGAUUCAUAUUUCAAAUGCUUCUCUUUUACUGUGAUCUCUCUGCCAUAGCUUAUUACAAUUACAAAUGACUGAGCUGCUCAAGGUUGCUGUAUACUAAAUAUAUAAACAAGGUUUAUUUAGUUUACUUGUAUUCAUGAAAGUGUAACUCUUAAUUUAGUGACGUUUAAAGAUAGGCUACUGUAAGAAAAAUGGGAAAAUAAAAUCGCAUAUCUCUUGUCUCUAGACUUCUGAUAAAUGAUAGAAAGCCCCUCUUGUGACAUGACUUCUAAGCAGUUGCCUGUUUUUUCCAGGAAAAAAUGCGCACACAGGAAAAAAAGUUACGCGCUAAUGAUGCACCCUGAAUGGACUGUGGAAAACAUUUUCUCCGACAGGUGCAAACCAUUUUCCAUGCGGAAAAUCCAACUAACCUAAUGAUAUGUGAUGGAACAGCAGCUGCAGCACAGGCCGAGGUGCCGUUUAACAUUUGAGAGGUAUUCCCACUUUCAAAAAACCGGCCAUUCACUUGGGACGAAUGGGAGGACUGAAAAGGGGCUCCGGCGAAGACAAAGACAGCGGAGACGGCAAGAAGAGACGGGUUAGUUUGAGAGCUGGGUGGAACAUAUGGUUCGGUCUUCAAACAGUGCUAUGAGCUCAGUCUCUUUGUCUUUCUCUAAUUUAAUCACGGUACUGGUGAGGCCGUUUACUGGAGAAAUGGCGAUGAGUUCCCCUUAAACACAUGGCUCAGUUAUUAGUAUCUUGUCAAAAUGGCCUGCUUUAUCCGAACAUCGUGCAUCUUUCUGGCAGCACGAGACAGACUUGCCUGUGGGUUUACACGCUGCAUUUCUAUGAGCACUGUAGACGGCAGGCUGGCCUUUCCCGCGCCCUGCAGACCGCGCUAACGCACAGUACCACAGAUCAGCUGUAAUGGCUCUGCGGCCCCAGUCACCCACCAGAUGGCUGACAAUCCCUGCAGACACUGUACACCAAACGGCAAAUCUCCAGCAGUAGUGUGAUGGAAUCCCAUCAGGCGCGUGCCUAAAUCGGCCGUCAGUCGUUUAUUUCCACCAUUGCGUUGUGUUGUGUCUUGGAGUUUUUGUUCUUUAUUUCUUGGUGAGUGACCCUAUUUCUCAAUUGUAUCAUUGGGAAUCAAUUUUCUGCAUGGCAAGUCCUGACAUUAUAACGCAAAGGGUAAAUACUGCUACCGGCAAGACAGCGAUCAGACAGACGUGCGUGUCUCCGUGGGGGGCGGUUAGGAAGACCACAGAGAAUUCGGUCUUGGUUAUUGAAUAUUUGCAUUUUUUUCACAGAUUCCCUUGACUGCUUGUCCCGCGUCUGCGCGCUCGCGAUGACCCCACGGGUGUGCAAACGCUGCAUACAGGUAUAGGCGAUGCUUGCUACUUGCGGCAAGCGCAAGCACUGCUGCGCUCAGCAUGCUUUUGCGGACGGUAUCGCUCUUGGAAACCGUCCUCGACCUUGCUCUUCAAGACUCACUUCCCUUACAAAAGGACUACUCCACGUGCUGUUAAAAAAGAAUCGUUUUGCGACAUGCUUGGCCACACAGAGCCAGGAUUUAUGAUUUACACGUCGACAUUCGUCUUUAAAACGUAUCCGUACCGAAUUGCCAAGAGCACAUAAAUGCCACUCAUUUGAUACGUGGAGAAAUACAGUGAAAGAAUGCACCCCAUUUCAAAUAUAUAAUAUAAAGUUAAAAACUUAAGUUGAAAAAUUGUCAUAACGCUAUAAUUACCAGUACAAUUGCCAUUUUACCAGGCAACUGCCACUUACGAUUGGCUUAUGCAGGUGCGCCCAACCCUUACAGAACUCUUGAUGCGCGCGCGUACACUUGAGGAGCAUACAAAAGUUUCCUGUUCCGUGGCGCAGUGCUCACCUAUAGUACCCCUUGUCGCCGUCAUUUAAUACGCAUAAAGCGCCAUCUUGUGGUAUUAUUAAAUAGUUGCAUUCCUCGCUAGUAUUGCAAGCACAUGUAUAGUGUAUUUGCAUAAAAAUCUUAACUUUAAAUAUGCGUUAUAAACAUUCUAAACUGCAGAAUUAGAUUUGGUCUGGAAUGUCAAACGUAAUGGCAUGUCUUAUUUCUUUGAAACAGUCUCAGCUGAGUUCUGUAAUAGUGUUAGCAAAAGUAUUUGGCUGCUCCCUACAUGUUCAAAAUAUUUUGUUGACCACUCAGUAGCAUUUACUUUUGUUUACAAGUCUAAUUGUUAGCUAACUACAUGUAUGAUUGAUAAAUUGGCCUUCUGCACCAUCCUGGUGAUGCUGCACUUUGGUAUUCCUUUGCUUUCCAUUCAGAAGAUCACUUUUCUAAAUGGAGAAGGAUCCCUUGUCCUUAUAGACUUCAGUAUACAAAUUAGGCUCACACAGACAUGAGUCAGAGGAAGACUCAACUGGUGGACUUGCAGGAAUCCGACUGGUCAGUGGAUGGACGUGCGAACUGAAACCAGCCUAUCCCUAGGUGCUAUCUAGGUGAUGGAUGCUAGAGUCCAGGGGACCUGUUCAGACCACACUCAGCACUGGAAGAGUCCAGGCUCCAUACCAUGGGGACGAUGCAGGCACUGGAACCAUUUGAACAGUCUAGCUACAACAAGGAUGAUAAAUUCCUAUGGAUGAGUGUCUGCUAAGUGAGUGCAAUGUAAUAUAGUGUAAUGUAAGUGAUGUAUUCAUGUAAUCUGACUUUUUUGUUUACAUAGCAAUUAGUUCGGUCCUUUAGCAGACUAAGCUAGUUGACGCUGCAAACAGUAUAAAACCAUGUUAUCAUUUACCAUGUUUUAUUCUGUUUUUUUUCUUUUGUAAAUUUAAUUUAUUUGUAUGAUUAUAUAAUCACUGUUCAAUUAAAUAAUUCCUAAUGUCUUCAUUUAAAUCGUGCCUAAUUUCGAAGGCCUAGUUCUGCAGGCCGGUAUUUAUCCACACGUUGCUUCAUAUUUAACAUCCAAAUUUGCCAAAACAGCAGUACCCAUUCAAAUGGCAUGUAAAGGUUCUCUAGGCAUUCCCCAACGAGGGGCCACAGCACAGUCAGGUGGCUGUGGCGUCGCCUCUGUAGCCCCAGGCGACAUCGUCCCCUACGCGAAGCAAGCAUCACAGGACUGAACACCCUAAUGGAAUUAUCUCCGGUAAUGCUGGGACUAUGACAUCCGAAAACGAAAGAAAUUCAGGGGCGAAGAAUAGGAGGUGACCAUGGAGGAUAGCCGCGGGAGUCUCCAUUUCUUAAAAACUUCACAGAAAAGAGCCAGCGCACGCAAUGUCUCCAAGGAGGGUAGCCUGCAGGUGCGCGUGAUCUUCCUGGACGAUUCUGAGCAUGUGUUCGAAGUCGAGCCAAGGAUUAUGGGAAAUGACUUUUAUAACAGAGUGUGUGGACACCUGAAGCUCCUGGAGAAGGAAUACUUUGGGUUGGAGUUCCGUCACCACAGCGGUGGCUACGUGUGGGUGGAGCUCCUGAAACCACUGGCAAAACAGGUUAUAAGCACCGGUGACAUCACUUUCCGCUUCAUCGUCAAGUUCUUCCCCCCGGAUCCAGGGCGGCUGCAGAAAGAUUUGACCAGAUACCUGUUUGCAUUGCAGAUCAAACAGGAUCUAUCCAAUGGGAGCCUCACCUGUAAUGACAACAGCACUGCUUUGCUGGUCUCCUAUAUAUUACAGUCAGAGUUGGGCGACUAUGACGAGCAGCUGGACAUGCAGCACCUGGACAGCAAGAAAUACAUCCCCAAUCAGGAAUACCUGGACAAAAAGAUCAUGCGCCUUCACAAGAGGCACAGGGGCCGGACCCCAGCGGAGUCAGACGCGCUGCUGCUGGAGGUGGCACGCAAGCUGGACAUGUACGGGAUCCGCCUGCAGGCAGCAAGCGACGGCGAGGGCAUGAGGAUAAACCUGGCGGUCACGCACAUGGGCCUGCUGGUCUUCCAGGGUAACAGAAAAAUCAACACUUUCAGCUGGGCCAAAAUCCGGAAGCUGAGUUUCAAGAGGAAACACUUUUUGAUAAAACUUCACGAGAAGAUUGUGCCCUCUCGCAGGGACACGGUGGAGUUCACCAUGGCCAGCAGGGACGUGUGUAAGGCCUUCUGGAAGAUGUGUGUGGAGAACCACGCCUUCUUCCGCCGGUCAGAGGAGCCCAGGUCCCGCCACAAGUCCCUGCUCUGCAGCAAAGGCUCCUGCUUCAGAUACAGCGGCAGAACACAGAAACAGCUGCUGGACUGUGUGAGAGGGGCUGAGAAGAAGAACCUGCCCUUUGAAAGGAAGUACUGCAGGUCAUAUUAUGACACACGGCAGUGCAGGUCUUCCCCUGAUCUCCUCACUGACGUCUCCAAACAGGUGUACGAGCAGUCUCAGGUGUUCCCACACUCAGCCUUUGCUCCGGCCUGCAGCGACAAGGGGAGGGGCUUGGUGGCUCUUGGGGGAAAGCGCAGCCAAUCUGCUGUGGAGGUGGCCUUUACCAUGGAGCCUCAUGCCCAAGGCCCGCCCCUGGCCCCACCCAGCGCCUUUGCUCAGUCGCGGUCCUCCUCCUUCUCCAGCGCAGAGGCGGGGCCGGGGGCGGGGCCGGGGCUGAACCUGCCCUGGAUUGACAGCAGCCAGCUGGUGCUCCUGUACCCCAGCCCCGGUUUGGAGCUGCACCCCGCCCUCCGCUCUGCUGUGGCAGCCAUCCCGAUCUCCGCCCUCCCGCCCUCCGCCCAGGCAUACCUGACCCGCGGCGCCGCCGCUGCCGCCGCUGCCUCUCUGGGCCACGCCCCCCACCCCACCCACCGGCACGCCUUCCUCGAUGAUGUCAUCCGCUCAUCCAGCUUCUCCCACCCCUCGUCCCUGUCGCCCCAGCGACGGCGGGGGCGGGGCUGCGAGGCGGGCGUGAUGGGGGGCGGGCAUUGGCCCGGGGCCUCCGGCAGGGAGGAGGCCGGCCAUUUCAGCGACGACUCCAGCUACCAGGCGGGGCUGCCCAAGCGCUCCUGGAGUCAGACCGACAUCAAGCUGCUCCGCCCAUCCCCCGCCCACGCCGCGGAGUUCCGCCCGCUGGGCCACUACCCCCACCUGUCCAGGCGCCAUGCCCCCGUUCGCCCCUCCUACCUCCCCCUAAACUCCGCCCCCGUGCCCGAGCGGCCCGCCUCCCUCUGCGUCCUGGGCGCCGGGAGCGCCGCGGACUUCAGCUUCAGCGACUCGGACUCGGAGGUCAUCUACCCCUACUACUGCCCCUCCGGGGGCAAAGCGGGGCACGGAGCGUCCCUGGCCCGCAUGCGCAUCUCCUCCGGCAGCCUGCAGCUGGGCGAGGUGGAGGAGGAGGAGGACUGCACGGCCAUCAGCCCCUCUUCCUCUGCUCUGAAGUCCUGAGUCAGCCAUAGAGCUGGCACUGUCAAUGCAUCCACCUGCUGGGGGUACCCAAGCCAAUCACAACGCAGGACAGCUCUCUUUCAUCUCACGCAUGAACCAACGAUUUAAACUGCUGACAAAAAUGGGAGUAUUUGUGUGCAACUGGAAUGACGAGAGUUAUGCUUCAUUUAUUUCUGCAUUUUUAGCUUGGAAAUUUGAUGAUGCAUUUCAUCAAUAAAUUAUGUCUGUAUGAACAGAGAUCUGGAGUUCUAGAAGACUGAACUCUUCCCAGGGUGUUUCUGUGAGUUCCUGCAGUUUGAAAUAGAUUAUUUAACCAAUUAAUUCACACACACAUUAGCACACAAGAAAUAACCACAUAACCAAUCCCAUUCCAUAAACUCACAAUUUAAAUAUUUAUUCUUAAAACCCAAACCAAAAUUAGUUCAAAAACAGAUUUACAAGACUAGUGAUUCUACAGGACAUUAUAAACCUCUCUCUGCAGUACAACCAAAUACAAUUUUCUUUAGAAAACCCAGAUUAAGAAUAUUUACAAAAUCUUUUGUCUGCUUGUUGUACAGAAAAUAUAAAAAUAUAUCCAAACAUUAUUGCUUUCAAAAAUUCCAAACAAUCUGGCAACAGUUAUUACUCCUAUUUUUUUAAAGCAAUUUCCGAGACAAUGAGCAUUACAAUAAAAUAGAGAAGUU